UGGGAGCAUAGACAAAGUUGAAUUAAAUUAAUAAGAUGAGUUUCAAGAACAGCCCUAAAAUUCAGCACAAGGGAGCCUCUCCAUGCCUGUCUCGCCAAUCAUCCACUUCUAGUUUUAGGGCUAAGCCGCAGAAGAAUGUGGAGCCACCAAGCCCUUUACCUGUUGGAUGCUGCAGAGGCUUCAGCAAUGCCAAGACUAUGGGUUCCUCUGCCUCCACAUCACACCAAAAUAUGCACCAGUUACAGUACCAAAAGCUGGAAUUAAAGGUGGCAGAUUUGGAAAAGGAAGUGCAAAAGCAAACAGAGCUAGGAGUGAUGUACAGGAAAAGAAUGGAAAGGACCCAAGACUACUUGAGGUACUGCCUUCAGAUAGCACAAGCAAAUGGAAUAUUAGAUCUCAUUGUGAACUGCAAAGGUGAAUUUCAACAAUCUCCGGUCUCUGUCCCCACCAUCAGCUCCAUUACCAGCCCUCAAAUUCAUAUUCCCACUCCACCAAACCAUGGCCACCACCCCAAUCUAGCAGCCAUUAUUGAUCAAGCUAAAAUCAAUGGAUGGUAUAUUGAUCCAAAUGAGAUUCAAUUGGAAGAGAAAAUCGGGCAGGGAAGCACCGCAGAGAUUCACAGAGGAACAUGGCGUGGAUUUGAGGUAGCAGUGAAGUGCAUAUCCGAAGACUUCUUCCGCACAAACCAAAACGGCGUCGCAUACUUUUCCCAGGAGCUCGAAACCCUAUCGCGGCAGCGGCACAGGUUUGUGCUUCAUCUCAUGGGCGCGUGCAUCCACCCUCCCCGGCGCGCGUGGGUGGUCACGGAGCAUCUCAGCACCACACUGAAGGAGUGGCUGCACGGGCCCGGGACCAGGCGCAGGGAGCGAAUGGUGCCACUUCCACCUUUCAAAGACAGAGUCAUUAGGGCCCUUGAAAUAGCCCAAGCCAUGCAGUAUCUGCACGAGCAAAAGCCCAAACUUGUUCACCGUGACUUGAAGCCCAGCAACAUUUUUCUAGAUGAUGCCAUGCAUGUUAGAGUUGCUGAUUUUGGUCACGCACGCUUCUUGGGUGAUGAGGAAAUGGCCCUCACUGGAGAAACGGGAACAUACGUGUAUAUGGCACCAGAGGUGAUCCGAUGUGAACCUUAUAAUGAAAAGUGUGAUGUGUACAGUUUUGGGAUUAUAUUGAACGAGCUUUUAACUGGAAAUUAUCCAUACGUUGAGACGGAAUAUGGUCCCACCAAGAUUGCCAUGGAAGUUGUGGAGGGUAAGCUGCGACCUAAGCUUCCGUGUGAUGAUGUUGGCCAACUGGGAGAGCUUAUUGACCUUAUAUGCCUUUGCUGGGACAAAAAUCCAUCUACUCGCCCAUCCUUCGCUACAAUCACCCUUUGCCUCAAAAGUUAUGUCAAGAAGAAUCUCCUUUAAACCAGUGCAUAUUAUAUUUAAUUAAUCAAAUAUUAACUACCUUAAUUUGUAUUAGUCAGUAAUUAAAUUAACUACAGCUUUGAAACAUGAUUGGAAGAACUUUUAUCCAAGAGUGGGGUACUAUACAUGAAGAGGUGGUCACAAAUUUCAAUUAUAUCAGGAUACCUUGGACUUUUUGUCAAGAUUAAUUUAAUUACGACAUCAAAUUGUAUGAAAUUAUAUAAUUUGGCAGUCUAACUAUUGGUUAUUUUUAAAUAAGACUAUGUUAUGGUCUUUCUAUGUAAUGGAACACCGUUUCUACUAACAAAUUUUCCUA